UGACAAUGUCACCAAUGAACAAAGUACUCAUUACACUGCGUUUUUAUGCAUUGGGGACUAUGUUAAUAUCAGUGGCCGAUAUGUUUGGUGUUAGUAUAUCUUGUGCUAGUAAAACAAUAAGAGAUGUUUCGUAUGUGAUUGCCGAAUUGAGUAGCAUAUUUAUACAAAUCCCUGUACAUAAUAUUAAAGAUACAAAAAUGAAGAUGUACGAAAUAGCAAGAUUUCCAUUAGUCUUCGGUGCCAUUGAUUGUACACAUGUACGAAUUCAAUCACCAGGAGGUCACGAUAGUGAAAUGUUUCGAAAUCGUAAAGGAUAUUUUUCUUUGAAUGUGCAAGCCCUUGUGAAUUCAGAAUUGCAGUUUAUGGAUAUUGUAGCUAGAUGUCCAGGUUCAGCACAUGACAGUCACAUAUUCCGAAAUUCAAGAUUAUUUGCUAGGUUAGAAUCUGGAGAAUUUCAGAAAAUGGCUAUCCUAGGUGACAGUGGGUAUGCAUUAAAACCAUACUUAUUAACAUCAAUAUCAAACCCUGUUGGACGUAUACAGAUGUUGUACAACGAAUCUCAAAUUAGAACGAGGAAUGUAGUUGAAAGGAGUUUUGGGGUCUGGAAGAGACGAUUCCCAGUAUUAUCACUUGGUUUACGAUUACAACUUAAAACGGUUCAAGCCAUUAUAGUGGCAACAGCAGUACUGCACAAUAUAUGUAGAGAGAUGAAAGAAGAUUUACCAAAUGAUAAUUUUGAGUUAACGGAACCACAUAACGAGACUGAAGACAUUAUUGAAGUCGAAUAUAAUGAUGAUGGUAGAGACCAAGACUCGACAAUGAGAGACAUGCUCUUAAAUAACUAUUUUGCAAGAUUAGUUACAGAUUAAUUACAGAUUUAAAAUUGGUACAGAUUAAUACCAGCAAUGAAAUUUAAUAAAAUAUGUACAUAUAUAAUUUUACAAUUUUAAAUAUAAAUAAUAAAUAUUGAAUUAAUUUUUAAUUAAAAUUCAUUUUUAUCAAGGUUCAAUAAUGUUUUUUUUUUAAUUUCUAUAUCCAAUUCCAAAGCUUUGACACGUAACUCAUGUUCAAUUUUAUCCCAUUCAAAACGCAUUGCUGUUCUCUCACUUUCCAUCUUAACCAAAUCCAACUUCGCAAGAAGAGAAAUUCACCUGCCUAUCUCUUUUUGUGUUAAUCAUUUUACAAAAUAUAGAUAACUAAUAACAGUAAAAUCCCAACGGUAAAAAAGACAAAACGGUAAAACAGUAAUGUAAACAUAAAAUAAAUGA